AUGGGCACCCAGGAUGAGCAAAGUAAGGAUGGCAGGGAAGGGAAGGACAGGCAGGAUGAGCAAGGAGCCCAUAGGAGAGGAGAUUCCCUUGGCAGCAUUGACGAUUAUCACUUGCUAAGCGGUGAGGGGAUAGGUGAGAGCGAGUUAAAGGAUGUAGACAAGGAGCUGGAAAGGAUGGCCAACAUGGGGGAGCUAAAGGAAAUGACGUCGGAGGAGUUUAGGGAGCUGAUGAGAGGCGAUUUGGAUGGAGAAGGCGACCCGGAUGGAGGAGGCAACCCGGAUGGAGGAGGCAACCCGGAUGGAGGAGGCAACCUAGGUGUUGAUUUCAAUCCCUCGAGGAAUUCCCAACAGAAGAAGAACCCGUCUAGGUACUCCCAAAUGAGUUUCUUGAACGAUGAUUUUCAGCUAAAGGAGGACUCUCAUUUUACCAACUUGAAUUCGAAGUCGAGUCGGAGGAGAGACAGUCACCUGUCACUGGGGAACAUGCGUAACUCUUCAAUUUUUAAUUUAAGUGUAACGGAUGACAACGGAAAGAGGUGGUCCCAUAAUUAUAACUCCGGAGGGAAUGACAGAUUUCAUGCUUCCCUUUCGCGCACGGAUAAUGCUUAUGAUAGCGAUCUGAUAACGCCCUCUCCGUCGAAGGGGCAGGGCGAGGGGGGGAGCUCGGAGGUGGACCCGCAGAGGGGGGGCGCCAGGAGAAGUGACGCCAGGAGAAGUGACGCCAGGAGAAGUGAUGCGCGAAGUGAUGCACGAAGUGGCGGGAGAAGUGACGCCCGAAGUGACGCCCGAAGUGACGCCCGAAGUGACGCCCGAAGUGACGCCCGAAGUGGGAGACGCUCCAUUGACGUGCUGGAGGAGGAGCUAGACAAACUAAAGAGAGGCUUCCUGCUGAACAAUGGAGAACAUAGUCACCUGAGUGACAGGUCGAAUGAAGAUUUGCUGGAGGGAGGAGGAUACGCAAGCGACUCGGAGUUUUUAAAAAGAACCUCAUUAGACAAGAAAAUAAAUGUCGACAUGAAUUUUGGAAAUGACGACUCACUAAAUAACAGUAGAUUAUCUAAUGGGAGCUACUCCCUUUGGGAGAGCAGAAUCAGUAGCUCUAGGAAGAUAGGACUAAAGAAUGAGACACCAAAGAAAGGAAUUUUAAAGCAGAGCAACUCGUUUUCCCCGAUAAAGGAACUACCCGAGAAUAUUAGUGCACGAAAGAAGUCGGUGCAGUUUUCCCAUAGAUCUAUUGCCGUUUUCGAUGACAAAGAAAAAGUAUCACCUCUACAUCUAACUCAGUUUACUAGAAUUUCUAGCGAUUCUAAUAAAUCCGAAAUGAAACAAAAAAGUGCAUCUAACGAUUCUAGUUCCGACAAAGAAAAGGUCGAAAUAUUUCAUGAAAAGUUGGCCACUAGUAUGGAUAAGUCGCCAAUCGAUGAGCUACUGUAUAGAUAUGAUAGUCUUAACGGUGCCAAGAGAAGCUCCAUUGGCUACCCUAUCGGUGGGAAUGGAAAUGGGAAUGCACCUAACGACUUCGUCAGGAGAAUGUCUUCCGAAUCGAUGCGAUUUAAAACAAAGACCUCUGUGGAUAUGGUACAGUCGGCUCGCCUAUCCCCCAUUAAGAAUAGACCUAAAGGGGGGAACACAAAAAAGAGCAACCAUCUCGAUGGAGACAAGGAGGAGGAUGAGAAGGAUGAGAAGGAGGAGGAGGAGGACGUCCUCCAUAAAUUGCUAACCACAGACAUUGAAAAUAUAAAGGAAGAAGAUUUCCUGAAGUUUAGUCUACUUAGCGACUCGAGGGAGUUUAAAAACUACGAACGGGUGGACAGUGGGGAGACGUAUGAGAGGGCUCCAAGCGAUCGUUCGAAGGGGGGUAUAGAGGUAGAUGGAGCUAAGGGAGACGAGGCGCAAGACCAUCUAGAGGAUAUAUCCAUCCAGCGUAGAGAAGGAGACAACAGCGAAGUGUUUUUUGAGUGCAACGACAGUAUGGUUUCGGUGGCCAAGAGGGAGGCAGCGGAAUCGAUGGGUGAAGAAGGGGGUAGGAGCAGCUACAGGGUAAAGGAAGAACAGGGGGUGGCUAGAGGAGGACAGGAAGGGGAGGAGGAGGACGACGAGCCUCUCGAUGCGAAAAAAUCGAUCAGUGCAGAAGCGCAGUGUAAGGAGGAGGACACUCAGGUGGGCACUGCGGGUAGGAAGUCGGCCCUGGAGAGGCUUCCCGCCGAUGAAGCAGUGCCGCCCACGGAGAACGUCACCAUACAGUAUAGGGCGUCCACGCAUAGGCGGAGCGAACGCGCGAGGGGGGUCAGCACGGAGGAAGCUUCAGCUGAGGAGGACAAGGCAAAGGGGGACGGAGGUGAAAGCGGAAAUGUAAAAGAUGGUGACGGCGAUGGUGGUGCUGCAAGGGGAGGUCACUUGGAAGGAGAGACGCAGUCAAAGGGGCAACCAAAUGGGCAACCAAAUGGGCAGCCAAACGGGCAGCCGAACAGGGCGGACGAACCCAUUUUGAGGCGGUUCACUGAAGGUAGGAAUGCCACCGAGAGGGAGACGAUAAACAUGGGGGCAGUCCCCACGGAGGCGGACAAUCGGGAGGCACAGCAAAAUAGCUUUAGGGUGGCGAAGGCGAACAGGAGAGCUAGCUACAGCGUGAGUAUGCAUGCCAGGGACGAUGAGGCGCAGGCGAGGUUCAGGGACAGGAAGAGCCUAAACGAGAAGGGAGGAACGGCUGGGAAGAGUGUGCAUGUGGAGAGGCUUGCGGGGAAGCCCCAAGUGCGCGCUGGGAGUAGGAUGAGCGUGCGGGCGGAUGGUAAAGUAGGGGAGGAGCAGCAGGAGGGCAAGCACUGCAGGUUGAGGGAGUUGCCUGGGAAGGGCGGAGAGGGGGGAGAAGUGGGAGAAGUGGAUGGAGCGGAUGGAGUGGACGGAGCGGAUGGAGUGGACGGAGCGGACGGAGAGGACCGCCUGGACGAGGUGAACCCCGCGGAGGAAGAGAAGGAGGCCGUGCUUCGAAAGGCGGAACUGUUUAGUCGGGGGGGAGGCGAGCAGUACAGGCAGGAAAGGAGCUACGAGGAGGAGCAGGUCCAUGUAGCGGCGGAUACCUACGGUGAGCUUCAUGGAUCGGACGAGGGCCCUUUGCAGGUGGAGUGGGGGCAGGCUGGGCAAUUGAGGGCCCGAGGGAGAUACACUACGCACAUCGGACAGGGAGCCUUCGGAGGAGGAGGGUCCAGCGACGAUAUGCAGGAGUUGAGCAAACACGCAAGGGCCAAUUCGGACGAGGGGAACUAUAAGAAGUACGUGUAUGACGAGGUGGAGAGGGGUCAGCAGGACGUGGGAGAGGGGUUCUUCGUUGAGGACGAUUUGGACCUCGCCGAGGACGAGGAGGACGCGGAGCAGAGGUACAACGAAGGAGACGCAGAGCAGAGGAACUGCGAAGAAGACACAGAACAGAGGUACAACGAAGGAGAAACAGAACAGAGACACAACGAAGGAGAAACAGAGCAGAAGAACCGCCAAGAACAGUCGCGACGAAGACAGAGGGAACAAAACAAAGAACUGAAAAAAAAGUUAAACGAAAAUUUGAUAAAAAAACAGGAAAUGAUUAAACAAAUGACACUAGCAAUAGUGAGGAGGUGUAGAAUAUACUCCCUGAAGGAACUAAAAAGUAACAGAAGGAAUUUAGCUAACCUGAUGCAGUUAUAUGAACACAUAAGGGACAUGAUGUUUUCGUAUGUUGGGAAGAUAAACCAACUAAACAAUGUAAGCGUGCAGUUAGAUGAAGCUAUUCUAAAAUAUGAAGUAACACAGCUCAGAUGUAGUAGAACAAAAAAAGCGAUUGAGACUCUAAAAAAAUAUAAUACCAAAAUGGAAAUAAAAAUAAAGGAGAAAAAGAGCCUACUGACAAAACAGGACAACGUGUUGAGUAAAAAAAUGGAAAAAAUAUGUGCCAUGACAGAGGAACUAACGAAAUUGAAGAAUAUAUACAGUGAAGGGUCGUCAAGGAAACAAGAAAUACAUCUAAUUAAUCUGUAUAAGAAAAAGGUGGGAGAUCUUAAGAGUGUCGAAAUGGUUAAGGGUCUCAUCAUAAAUAACUUCAGCAAGUAUGGAAUUAAUUUCGAGUUACUCAAUUCUAACUACCACAAUUUUUCUACUUUGUAUGACUAUCAGGGGAUCGAUUCGUUUUUCCUUCGCCAGGGAGACGCUUUGAUGAAGGGGUUGGGUCUUAACAGGGAGGGGCAGGCGGAGGAGGUAGACGUGUUUAACGGGGGAGAAGCGGGGCAACACCAGCAGAAGGGGGAAACGACAAGCGGAGUGGCGGCGGGGGGGGCUGUCCCAGGGAUGGUCACCUCGGGAGUGGCUAUCCCAGGAGUGGCUAUCCCAGGAGUGGCUAUCCCCGGAAUGGCUAUCCCCGGAAUGGCUGCCACCCACGGGGCCCCCCCUCCACAGGAGGAACACCCCAGAAAGGGGGACAACCAACAGCUGUAUGACAUAAGCGAUCUGUACGAACGAGAGUGCAAACUGAAAAACGGUUACAGGAAAAGGAACGCGAAGAGGGGCGCAACCAUCCUGAACAGUCAGGUCUCAGAAGAAGACAUGAAUUGUGGAUGGCCAUAUAACAUAACUAUUGAUAUCAUAUUUUGCAAUGUCAAUAGUGUGGCGGUGCAAAGAGAGACGGAGAAUUACAAUCUCGUUUCCUCUCCUGUGAAGAUAAAAAAUAUGAAACAUCUGAUUGCUAAUAAAAUGCAUCUCUUGGGUGGAGAGAGCGGCGGAGUGGCGGGUAUGGGAGGAGUGGGAGGCACCUCCGCGGAGGCAAGCAGAAAAUACAUCAAGCUUUUCCGGCCCUACAAAAUACAUAUUAACUCAUUUGACAAUUUCAAGGACAUCACUUUGACCACAUAUUACAAAUACAUAAGUAGCGAGAUUUUGUAUCUUCACAUAUGGAAUAAACGACACGACAGGGAGAGCUACUCCCUAAGAGUGAACAGUCUGCAAGAUAAUGGGAGAAAGAAGAGGAGAAAGCACGUGCAGCUUUUGAAAAAAAAUAUCGAGUGCUACUCCUACUACUGCAGCGAUAGCCACGUGGGAGUGGAGUGGAAGCUGCAACUCGAAAUCGUCAAGUAUAAGCUGCUAGAGGUGGUUAACAGGAGGCUGCAGAGGUACACGAACCGGGAGAGUAGCAACCUCGUCGGUGGGAACGCCAACAAUCUGCAGCACCGGCACUUGAACGGGAAUGAGGCAACCUUCCAGCAGAAGGGAGAGGGCGGCACAGCGAAGCCAAACAAAGAGGCCCUCAUGUACCUAGUGGAGGAGGCCGAGUACGCCAGUAUCAUCCUGAAUAACGUCCUGAGUCAGUACAAGCACCUGCUGAAGUGCUUCCUCUGUCUGUCUAACACCUUCUUCGAUUACCACCAGCACGUGGUCAUUUUCAAGACGAUCGUUUUGUCCCAGCAGAUUUGCCCGCACGCAUUCUGGCUCUACCUCUACAUCAACCUGGAGGAGGCGUUCACCUUCGCCUCGCUACUCCACGGCAUCGUCCAAGUGAAAGUGGAGAGCGUCGACGAGGAGGAUAAAUACAACGAAGACUGCAAAGCGCUGAACAGUAACAUCGUUAAAACGCUGCAGCAGUGCAUCUUCGCCCUCAAGUCGAAACCCCUGGAUCUCUCCGAGAGGAUAAACUCCUACAACGUGGUGGACGUGAUCUAUGCCGUCGUCAUGAAUGAGAAUUACAACUUCCACAGCUACCAGAACAACCUCGAGGACAACAUAAAAAAGUUGACGUCCUGUGAUACAUUCAUAAACGGUGUUGUGAGUAAGAACAUCGUCGUCCCGAUAGAAAUUAAAAAGUGA